UCCGGGUGUGACAUCGUCUGUUCCAUCAACAACUGUUCUUCUCUUCCUUCGUAAGUCAGAUAGAGAGAGAUCUUCACACGUCUCUUCCCACACACUCAAUUCAAAUAUAUAUAAAUAUAUAUAUAUAUAUAUAUAUACACACACGCUCAAUUCAAAUAUAUACACAUACACACAUAUAUAUACAUACAUUCUUCUACUCUGUCUAUCCGUUUCUAGUUCUACCAUGGGUUCGGAGAAGCCCUUCGACGAAGAAGCCGCCUCUGCUGUGGUCAAGGAGCUGAGAGUGACCUUCGCCUCCGGCAAGACUCGGAGCUAUCAAUGGAGGGUGUCGCAGCUCGAGUGCAUCCUCAAGCUCCUCACCGAAAACGAGCUGGAGAUCGUCAACGCUCUCCGCUCCGACCUCUCCAAGCCUGAACUCGAAUCCAAAGUCUAUGAGAUAGCUAUGUUAAAAAACUCAUGUAAUUUGGCUAUUAAGGAGCUGAGGAAAUGGAUGAAGCCAGAAAAGGUUAAAACUUCAAUAGCAGUUUUUCCUGCAUCAGCUGAAAUAGUGUCUGAACCUCUUGGUGCUAUACUAGUAAUUUCAGCAUGGAACUAUCCUUUCUUACUCUCACUUGAUCCAGUUGUUGGAGCCAUUGCGGCUGGUAAUGUUGUGGUUCUUAAACCAUCAGAACUUGCUCCAGCCACAUCGUCAUUGCUUGCAAAACUUGUAGGUGAAUAUAUGGAUAGCUCUUGUAUAAGAGUCGUUGAGGGGGCCAUUGCUGAAACAUCUGCACUAUUAGAGCAAAAGUGGGAUAAGAUAUGUUACACAGGAAAUGGUAGGGUUGGAUGUAUAGUGAUGGCUAGUGCUGCAAAGCACCUUACACCAGUUCUUUUGGAGCUUGGAGGAAAAUCCCCUGUUAUCGUUGAUUCUGGCAUCAACUUACAAGUUGCAUGUAGGCGCAUAAUCGUUGGUAAGUGGGGGUGUAAUAAUGGACAGGCUUGUGUCUCCCCUGAUUAUAUCGUAACAACAAAAGAUUUUGCUCCUAAGCUGGUGGAAUCUCUGAAACAAGAAUUGGAGAACUUCUAUGGAAAGAAUCAACUAGAAUCAAAAGAUUUGUCUCGUAUUGUGAAUCCUAAUCACUUUGCUCGCUUGACAAAGCUCUUGGAUGAGGAUAAGGUUUCUGGAAAGAUCGUCCAUGGAGGUGAAAUGGACAAAACUAACUUGAGGAUAGCUCCCACCAUCUUGCUCAAUGUCCCACAAGACUCUUUGAUCAUGACUGAGGAAAUAUUUGGCCCUUUGCUUCCCAUUCUCACGGUCGACAAAUUGGAAGACAGUUUUGAUUUGAUAAACUCAGGAGCAAAGCCCCUUGCUGCGUAUUUGUUUACCAACAAGAAGAAGCUGAAGGAGCACUUUGUAAAUACUGUAUCUGCCGGGGGUUUGGUUAUCAAUGACACGACCGUACAUCUUGCUGUACCCUCCGUGCCUUUUGGAGGAGUUGGAGAGAGUGGAAUGGGUGCAUACCAUGGAAAAUUCUCUUUCGACGCCUUUAGCCAUAAGAAGGCUGUUGUUUAUCGCGGUUUUGUUGGGGAUGCCUCCAUAAGGUACCCACCAUACACAAAGGGGAAGCUAAGAAUUCUGAAGGCUCUAAUGGGCGGUGGCAUAUUAAGCAUAAUCCGUGCUCUGUUCGGAUGGCCUGAGGCUUAAGAGAGAAUAGGAUCUCGCUUUGCUCGUGUGAUUUCUUCUUUCGGUCAUUUAUAGAAGUCUUUCGUUGUAUAGUAAACGAAUAUUGUUCUGAUUUCACUUUGACAAAGGCUUGAUUGUUUAUGAAAAGGGAAAUGGAGAGUGUAAAAGUUGGGGAUGAAUAUCAUAGAUUUAUAUGUUUAAAUGUGUUUGUAAUUGUAUCAUACAAUCAUGUUCUUGCUGCUUAUACUAUCAUAUUCCAAAGCUAAAGCGUUUCGUGGGUUU